CACGGUUUGGCCAGCUGAUGUGGCAUGAUGGCGACUUCCCGGUUCGAUUUGAAGACAUGGAUCAUCGGUUUCCUUGUUUUCCACCAGUUCACAAGUCUGUGGGCCAAUUCUGAUGAAGCAUACUGUGACAAGGAAACCGGAGCAUGUGAUGAAAAUGUCACAGAGCAAGUAGAGAAGGACAAAUACCGGGAAGCCGUUUUACCACAUACGUGUGAAGUGCUGGGAACUGUGGAGGUGAGCGGGCUGCAGCAUGCUGGAGUUGCUGAAUACUGCAGGCUGGGAACUGUGGAGGUGAGUGGGCUGACACUGGGAUGGGGGAACUCUGACAAGCCAUGGAUUUUGAGGAACACUGAACGUGGAAGGCUGCACAUAAGGCUGGAAUACUGGAAAUGCUGGGCUGCAUGAAAUCCCUAGGUAUCUUGACUCCCGUGUACCUCUC